GGCUGGGAGGGGAGGCGGGGUUGAAGGGAGGGAGAGGCUGGCAGCAGCGCAGCCCUAGGAGACUGAGCUGCUCGUCCACGGCUAAGGGGCGCCGCCAUGGAAGCCUGACGCGCGCCCCCCUCCUCCUUUAGCUUGGCUGCGCCUCCGCCCCUUCUUUCCCAGAGGAAAUCACUGGACCUCCGCUCCCUCCCCGCCCACCUGCCUCCGUACAGGACCGCAAGGACACCACCGGGCGAAGAGAGAAGGCGGUGGAUAAAGGGCGGGGGGGGACCAGCCGGUGGGUCCCCCCCGAGAAGAACAUGUGCUGAGCGGCUCCUAUCCGUGGCAGUGCAGCCAGUGAUGGUGCCCAGCACCUCUGACGAUGCCCCAGAGCCCCGAAUCAAGCGCGGAGGAGGAGGAGCACUUCUCCCAGUGCCCCGAGGGGGAGUCUGGCUCGGAGAGCUCCCACGAGGGGCCCAGCCCCCCGGCCAGUCCUGCUAACCCUGCCCACAAUUGCUCCAUGUCAGUACCUGAGGACGCUCACUUCAGUAUGAUGGUCUUCCGAAUUGGUAUUCCUGAUUUGCACCAGACGAAAUGCCUACGUUUCAACCCUGAUGCAGCCAUUUGGGUGGCAAAACAACAAAUUCUCUGCACCCUCAACGAAAGCCUCAAGGAUGUUCUAAAUUAUGGACUCUUCCAGCCAGCCACCAAUGGCCGGGAUGCGAAAUUCCUAGAUGAAGAGCGACUCUUGCGCGAGUACCCACAGAGUUUUGAAAAGGGGGUACCCUAUCUUGAGUUCCGCUACAAGACACGAGUAUACAAGCAAACCAACCUUGAUGAGAAGCAGCUAGCAAAACUCCACACAAAGACGGGUUUGAAGAAGUUCCUGGAAUAUGUGCAACAUGGAGCAGCUGAAAAAGUGGCCCGGCUCUUGGAUAAAGGGCUCGAUCCAAACUAUCAUGAUUCUGACACCGGUGAAACACCUUUGACUUUGGCUGCCCAAUUAGAUGGGACCAUUGAUGUGAUCCGGCUACUGUGCCUUGGCGGUGCCCACAUAGAUUUCCGGGCAAGAGAUGGAGCCACAGCACUUCACAGAGCUGUCUGUUCUCAUCACUAUUCGGCCCUCAUGGCUCUCUUGGACCUGGGUGGCUCCCCCAAUUACAAGGACCGCCGUGGGCUGACCCCACUCUACCAUACAGCUAUGGUUGGAGGUGACCCACACUGCUGUGAACUUCUGCUGUACAAUCGAGCCUAUAUUGGCACCACUGAUGAGAAUGGCUGGCAAGAAAUACACCAGGCCUGCCAACAUGGAAAUUCCCAGCAUUUGGAACACCUGCUCUUUUACGGUGCUGAGCCAGGUGCACAGAACGCAUCCGGGAAUACAGCAUUGCACAUCUGUGCACUCUACAACAAGGAAAGCUGUGCCCGAAUCCUGUUAUACCGAGGAGCUAACAAAGAGAUCAAGAACAACCAUGGUCAAACUGCCUUCCAGGUUGCAGUCAUUGCAGGAAAUUUUGAGUUGGGGGAGCUGAUCAAAAGCCAUCGAGAUUCAGAUGUAGUCCCUUUCCAGGAGACUCCCCAAUAUGCCAGCCGGCGCCGGGAUGGCCCUCAGAACCUUACAGUGCCACAUACUUUGCUGCGAGCCAACAGCGAUACCAGCAUGAACCUUCCAGACUGGAUGCUUUAUGCCCAGCCAUCUAUCCCACCUGCCACAGUAGCAGUCCAGGGCCAGAAGAUCACCACAGGAACAUUGCGCAGCUCCAGCAGCCCCCGUGGUGCUCGCAGUCGCUCGCCAUCACGUGGACGCCACACAGAUGAGGCCAAAAAACAGCGUGGUCGACCCAGUUCCAGUGGCUACCAGAAAGAAUCUGCUGGAAGCAGUACACUGAGUAGUCGAGGUGUGAAGCGGAAACUUUAUUCGGCUGUGCCUGGCCGCACAUUCAUGGCUGUGAAACCCUACCAGGCCCAGGGUGAGGGUGAGCUCUCCAUCAGCAAGGGCGAGAAGAUCAAGGUGCUGAGUGUUGGGGAAGGCGGCUUCUGGGAGGGACAGGUAAAGGGUCGUGUAGGCUGGUUCCCCUCAGACUGCGUGGAGGAAGUGCCCAACAAGUCCCAGGAAGGGAAGCAAGAGAGCCGCAGCGAUAAAGCCAAACGACUCUUCAGACACUACACAGUUGGUUCCUAUGACAGCUUUGAUGCCCCUAGUGAUUACAUCAUUAAAGAGAAGACAGUGCUGCUUCAGAAGAAGGACAACGAAGGAUUUGGCUUUGUGCUAAGAGGGGCUAAGGCGCAGACCCCAAUUGAGGAGUUCACUCCCACACCUGCUUUUCCUGCUCUACAAUACCUGGAAUCAGUGGAUGAAGGAGGUGUGGCUUGGCGAGCUGGUCUCCGCAUGGGUGAUUUUCUCAUUGAGGUAAAUGGGCAAAAUGUGGUAAAAGUUGGUCACAGGCAAGUUGUCAAUAUGAUUCGACAAGGGGGCAACAACUUGAUGGUGAAAGUUGUCAUGGUAACACGGAAUCCUGAGAUGGAGGAGGCCAUGAGGAAGAAAGCUGCGCCACAGCAGACAAGACGAUUGCCCCCUCCAGCCAUCUCCUUGCGUUCCAAAUCUAUGACAUCGGAGUUGGAGGAAAUGGAUUACGAGCCAGCGAUGGGCACUGAUAAGAAGCGGACUGUCUAUCAGAUGGCUUUAAAUAAAUUAGAUGAGAUUCUGGCAGCAGCUCAACAGACAAUUAGUGUUGGGGAUGGGUGUGGAAGUGGAGGGCUUCCUUCCUUGGGGAAGACACGGGGCACUACGAAGAAUUAUUUCUCCUCUGAGCCCAGUUUUGAACAACACCGACUUGGUCAGGCCAGUUAUGAGCGUCCAUCAUACUUACCAAGUAGCCAUCCUCCUGGCAUGAUGCUUCGCCAGAAAUCUAUUGGAGCAGCUGAGGACGAGAAGCCCUACCUCGCUCCCCCUGUUAUGAAAUUUAGCCGCAGCCUUUCGGUUCCUGGUUCCGAAGACAUUCCCCCACCUCCAACCACCUCCCCUCCUGAUCCACCAUACAGCAGUACAUCACCCUCUGCAUCUGGCCGAGUUACUCCCUCAGCCCGUUCAACCUUCAAUCCCAGCACUGAGGCCAAGCUGUACUCCACUUCUCUUCAUCAGGAGCCAUCAUAUGAGCCACCUGCUCGUGUCCGUGACAAAAUGUCUCUUUACCGCCAAGAGUCUGAGCAAGGAGCUGAAGGGUCCACAGCACGUGGAUGGAGGGGCCAUACCCCUGACCUGCGAUAUUAUAAUUUGCCCCCUCGGGCAACCAGCACCGCCAUGUAUGUUCCCACUAAGCCCAUGCGCCGCAAAGGUCCAUUGGUCAAGCAGACCAAAGUGGAGGAUGAGCAGCGGCAGCAGCAGGGUACCCCCUCUUCCCAGAUGCAAGCAUCGUCUUUACCGUCUCAGUCAUCCACACAAUCUGAAAAAAGCUCCAUCCCAAUACCCACCAUCAUAAUUAAAGCUCCUUCAACCAGCAGUAGUGGGCGUAGUAGCCAGGGAAGCAGCAUGGAGGCAGAGACCCAACCAGAGCCUGUGGUGCCUGUCCCAUCACUCCAGCUGCAUAACAGCAUGGAUUUCACCAGUCAGUUUGGGGCUGCCCUAGUUGGGGCAGCCCGACGAGACCGUGAAUGGUAUAGUGAGGCUCGCCGCAAGUCUGCCCUCUUUCUCUCCACUGAGCAACCAGAUGACGAGUCCCAGCAGAUGCCUGUUCCCCGUCUCCGUCAUUCCAAAUCCAUUGACGAAGGUAUGUUUUCCAGUGAGCCAUACAUUCAGCUAAACAUGGCUUCUGGCUUUGGUAGUAGCAGUGGUGGUGGGAGCAGCCCUAGUUAUCUUCAGUCUCGCAGCGCUAAAACAUACGGAGCCAGCACUACCAGUGCCUUCACUUCUGUGUGUUCAAGUUUCUUGCCACAACUCCAGCCCCAUUCAACUCCUCUCAUUCACCCACUGACUGGCAAGAUUUUAGAUCCUGGAUCCCCCUUGGGACUUGCAUUAGUCGCACGUGAGCGGGCUUUAAAGGAGUCCCAGUCUCAACAAGAGAGCCGAGAAGAGAGGCACUCACGCCCAUCCUCUCCCCGGUUUGGGGAGGCCCCUAAAACUCCUGAGUCUCCCAGCAGUUCCAUCUUGCGCCUCUGGGAGACAUCAGAGCAGCAGACUCAUCACCAACUGCCUGCAUCAUCCCGGAAGGAGCAAGAGGGCCACCAACCUGAGCAUCAGCCCCCUCCCAUCUCAGCUAGAGCAACUCCUUGGGAAAAGCGGCCUGAAGAAGGAGAGAAGCUGGAGCUACAUGUGCGUUUUGUGGAGAACUGCCGCCCAACAGAGGAGGAAGAGGAGGAGGAGGAGAGCAGCCAGGAGAGUGGGAAAGUUGAAGUGGCCGCUCCCCCAAUGGAGCGAGCGACAGAAGAGAAUGGACUCCCGCUGUUGGUGCUGCCCCCACCUGCCCCUUCCAUUGAUGUGGAUGAUGAAUUUGUCUUUUCAGAGCCACUUCCUCCACCCAUCGAGUUCUCCAAUAGCUUUGAUAAACCUGAAUCUCCCCCCAAAGCUGCUAGUGAACUGCCCCCAGCAGUACCCCCUCCGGCCACUCCAUCUGCCCCUGCCACUUUAGAUUCUACAGCAUCUAGCCUGACCUCCUAUGACAGUGAGGUGGCCACCUUGACCCAAGCUGGUACACCAGAAACCAAGGAAUCUCCUCAUGUCAACUUUUCUUCCGUUGUCUCAUCCAUUGCCAUCCCAGCAGCAGAAGCACCUGAAGCAGUAACCGACUCGGGAAUUGAAGAGGUGGACAGUCGAAGUAGCAGUGAUCAUCACUUAGAGACUAUCAGCAGCGUCUCAACGCUGUCCAGCAUGUCUGGGGAGGGCACAGAACUCUUGGACACUUACAUCACCUACUUGGACGGUCAGGCUUUUGGGGGGAGCAGCAGCAGUGGUGGUGGAGUAGGUGGUGGCAGUGGUGGCGGCAGCAUAGACAAGAGUCCACUGCAGACCAAACUACGCUCCCGGCCAUUUCCAGGCCGCUUGCCGGUGGCUACCCCUACCAGCUCCACCAUCUCAGUUUCGGCAUGUACUGAAAACAUGUUUGCCCUCACACCUGCUCCUCCGUACCACCAGCAGCCAGCAACUGUUGAACCUGGCAAAGAGCUGCCGCAGAAAUCUCCACUGCCAUGGGAAGAGCCUAAGGCAUCGGCCAUGUCCACCGUGAAAGCUAGCAUCAUUAGUGAGCUGAGUACCAAACUGCAGCAGAUGGGCGGGGUGUCGUGGUCACGACCACCUGAUGCUGUGGCUCCCUUUGGUUCCGAGAGACCCAGCUCCCUGCAGAGGCAAAGGCUCCCAGAUGAGACAUCCCCAUCACUGAUUUCCUCCAAGCCUGUAAGCAGUCUUUUCCACAACUGGCCUAAGUCCCCCCAGGGCAAGCAUCCCAAAAGUGUGGACUUUGACAUCCGUCCUGCCCUGCGACGGGCCCCGAGUCCAGCUGCCCUGCCCAGUGAGCACAAGAUUAGCCCCACCCCAAGGCCUUCCUCUCUUCCCAUCCUGCCUUCUGUACCCAUCUAUACUGGCGUCUUUGACCUCCGUGGUUCACCCACUUCUGGGGGUGAACAUCCCUUCCCUAGCUUCCCUUCAGGCAGCCGUUCUCUGUCCCCAACCCACUUCCUGCCUCCAGCCACGGACAAGCCGUUUGGCUCCAAGCCGUUGCCUUUCUGGACUAAAUACGAUGUGGCUGACUGGCUGGAGUACCUGAAGCUGGGGGAACACCGCGAUCGAUUCCUGGACAACGAAAUCGAUGGAUCUCAUCUGCCUUCCCUCACUAAGGAAGAUUUCAUUGACCUGGGCGUGACGCGAGUUGGGCAUCGCAUGAACAUCGCCCGUGCCCUCAAGUUCUUUCUGGAGAGGUGAUGGGGGAAAUUGCCCUGCCCCGGGGUGCCUCUUGCCUGAAUGUACAAUGGACCUCCACCAUGGGGAGAACAAAGAGGUGGAGGGAUUGCAGCUGCGGGGCCGGGCACAGGGAAAGCGGUAAAGAGAGACCCUGUGGGGGUGAGGGUAGAGUGGGGGAUCUUGGAGAAGCUCACCAAAGCCUGCCUGGGCACCCUCAUGGGUGUGCACUUUUCUCUGUUGCGUUGCCAUGUAGCAAUCUCUCCAUUUCAUAUAUCCAGCCCAACAGCAUUGACAUGAGUGUAUGAACCCCUAACCUGUGUAUCAUCACUUCCCAGGUGUGUAUGUGUGUGUUUAUAGUUGUACACAUACACUUGCUCUUCAUUCUCCAUCAGCAUAGCCACCAGCUUUGCUAAUCAGAUGGCUGGUACUAGCCAUCCCGUAGUGCAACACCUUCUACCUGCACCCAUCCGUCAUCCUUUCUGUUAUUGCUGAUGGCUCUUUCGUAGCAACUGCUAUUUGCACAUCAAUUCAUCCAGCCAUGUAACAGCUUGCUCUGUACAUCUCCACAAUUACCAGGAUUGUUAAGUACUCUGCCGUUAAAAAGGGGGGAGGAAGACCUACGAGAAAAUGAAAUUUGCUUAUAUUUCUUUACUUUACAAAACAUUCUCUGGGGAGGACCUCAGAUCAUGCAAGUGCCAUACUUAACUUGGUAGGAAGAUUGGAUUCCUCCUUCUCCCGAUAAUUACCUGUGAAUUGGAAUGGGCUCUUCAUAUUAGCUAAAAAGAAUUUCUAGAAAUAGCUAUUGAAAAGCAUGGGUGCCUUGGAAGAUAAGCCAUCACUUGUGUUCAUCAGGUGAGCUUCAUCCUUAUUAGUGAUACCUAAAUUGGGCUUUUCUCUCUUUUCGCCUCUGUUCAGUUAUCUCAUCGCUUUAUUUCCAUUUGCUUUUGUUCCUACUUCUCUCUUUUCACUUUUUUCUGGUUCAGUUAUCUCUUCCUCUUUUGCCUUCACCAUCAAGUUUAUUCUUAUCCUCUUCUGUGUUACUUUUAUUUUGGCUGUUUCUGCUGGAAGAAGGAAAGGGAAUCUGUGUUUCUGUGUGAAAAUAGUUGGUUUAUGCAAAUUGAGUGUAAGUUAACAGACAGUGUGGUGUCCUGUGCUGGCCAUUUUGGGGAUGUGGCUUCUGUAGAUAUUUAUAUAAUUUCUACCUUCAUACAUGCAUAUGCAAAUGUAAAUUUGUCAUAUGCAAGCAUUUAUUGAUGGAUAGGGAGAACAGCCUAGAUUGACAAGGGGAAGGUGGGCAUUGCACAGGAUUUUCUCUCUCCCUCUCCUUACCUGUCUACCUAGCUACCUUUUGUCCAGAAAGGAUAUGUUAAAUUUAAUGUCUUCUUUUUUGAUAAAUACUAUAAUUAUUAACUGCUAGAAACUUGCUUUCUGAAUUUUCAGUGGAAAUAGAGAAUGGAUGCAGGAUUAUAAGCCUUAAUAGCAACACCUAGCUGACUUUAGAGUAGGAAGAUAAGCCACAUUGGUAUAUAGAUGGGGCUCCUUCAGGAGAUAUCAAGAUAGUAGGCUACAUUGGGACAUCACCCAUCCCAGAAGAAAGCAAUUUCACAAUGCUACUGUUGCCAAGAAAAUGGCAUAGACAAUGUCCAUGAAGUCACCAAGAACCAAGUUUGACUUUAAAAAAGAUGAUAUACUUGUUCAAAGUGGGUUCAUUGCUGUGACUCUAAUCCAGGCCUGUCAAACUGGCAACCUGCGGGCCAUAUCUGGCCCGCGCAGGCCAUGCCCACCCCUGCUCCUCAAAGGCAAAAAACAUCACAAUACGGCCCGCAACGCAAUCAGGUUUUGACACCCCUGUGUCUGAUCCAUGGCAUGUCACACAGUUCUGCCUCCUGUUGCAUAUGACCUUUUUAGGAAGACAGGAAACAUUUUUGAUAGUACUAAACCCAGGCAUAACAAUAUAGCUGUUGUCUGCUGGGCAUGCAUUGUCUAUAAAUCAAGGCUAUCACCGUGUUGACAAAAGAAAGUGGGUUUGUCCUUUUUGAGAGGCUAAAUCAGUACUGAUGAAAUUCUGUAGCUAGGAUUGGUUAGAAUUGACAGCAUUGCAGGGAUUGAUGCCAGCAUUAUUGUGAAGGAAGGAUCUGAGCAACACUAGUGCAUGGGGUAGUCCCUAUGAUCCUCCUGUCUCAAGUUAUUUCAGUAGGGUAGGAAAAGCAGUCAGGAAAAGGCACAUGUUAAUGUUCCACAAACGGGGCCAUUUGCAAGACACUUCAAAUGGGUGCGGUGGCCCUUUGUGUUCUGAUCCUGUUGGGGAGAGAUUGAAUGUGCUGAUCCUGUGAAAAAGUUUGUGGGUAAAAGCUACAUCAAAAGAAAUGGCACAUUGCUCUGCUAAUGUGGCCAAAACCUUUGAAAUUAUUUUUUACUGUAAUAAUUGAUUCCGAUUAGACAACCAAUUUAAGGAAUGGAUUGUGCUUAGCUUAAUCCUAUAGUUGGGCCGUGGAAGGUGGGCUGGUUCCCAUAAAAUGUUGUGCAUUUAAAUGACCUACAUGUAGACCAAGCUAUGUUUCAGCUGAGGGACAGUAUCCUAGACGUACAGUAUAAAGAUGGAAUAUAGUCUGCCUUUCAAGCCAUUCUUGAUGUUUGGUGCGGUGAUGACUAUUCAGAGGCGCUGGCUUGCCUAUAAUAAUCUCAGACACUACCAGUCACUUCCUGUUAAUAUGAUUAAUACUUUUCACAAAGACCACUUGAAUCUCAAGUCUUUAUCCAUAGGAAACUUGAUUGUAUUUGAUGCUUGUGUGUUGUAGGGCUCAUUAAUGGACAAAUCUAGGACACUCAGUACAUAAUAUUGAACUAAAUAAAUGGCUCUUCCUUGCCCCAUCUCUUUCUAUCACAGAGUACACACAAUCCUGACCAUAGCAGUGUGCAAAUACUGUUCCUUCAUAUAUCUUGUGGUUUGGUCCAUGCAUGUUGUACUUCCAUGCUCUUGUGCUCCUGCUCCACUCCUUGCAUUCUCAGGUUCAGCAACAGGCUUCAAAUUACUUUCAUUUCAAAAUCGCUUCCAUUUGCACAUGACUCAUGUUUCUGUACUUCCAAAUACGGAGAUGUGCAUUUGAGGAUUUCCCUAACAAAGUUUGAAGGGGAACAUCUCUUAUGCUCUUCUACCUAUGGAGUAUCUGUGGCAACAUUCUAGCUCCAGAUUGUAGCAAAGACAAAAGAAGCUGGAAAGGGACAGAAUGUAGGAUAGGGAUAAAUUCUCCCACUCUGGUCUCCUUCCGUAUUAUCAUGUUUUUCCUACUACCAGCCCAAACUUGGGAGUGGGAGUGGGGCGGGAAUCUUAGAUAUUGACCACAUAUGUGCUAUGGUGGGAAUAUCCCUUCCCCCUCCCAUAUGCUGAGCUGCCAAAGAAAAAGACUCCAAUGUGUGGGGGGAGAGGAGCUGCUCCAUAACUGUCGUCGUCCCCCCUCCAUACACAGAGGGCCAAUGCCAGGACCCAGCAAUGGGCAGCUUUUUUGAAAUAUAUGGUUCAGAUAAAGGGAGUUCUUGCUCCUGCUCUUUGCUGGGAUCCUUAGUAGGUUGCUUAGUGGGAGCAGGUGUACCUCUUCACUUGUUUAUCUUCCCAAUCUUUAUACCAGAUAUUGUGAGCUAUGGAGAAGUCUGCAGGACUCAUUCCAUGGCUGUAGGCCUUGUGGCGGCCCCAUUUCAGCACCUCACUAAUGCUGUGACUCUACCACUAGCUGCCACCACCACUCUGUCACAUCUGGGCCGUGUAGCUGGCCUAUUCUUGCUCCUUAAAAACUAUUUUUGUGUCAGACAGCAAAGUCCUCUUUCCACAAUCAUUAAUAACAUGGCGUAGCCACGCCAUAUUUGUAUAAGGUGGAUCUUGGCACAUACAUACCCAUUUCUAUCAUGUUGGGUAACUUGCACAUCUGACACCUGUUGAGACCAGCAGUGUACCCUUUUCUGUUCAUGAUCACACAAUUAACCCAGGCAUGCAAAAAAAAAAAAAAAUCCAACUGGUGGUAGGCCCCCUCUGCAAAUAAACUUUUACAUGGGCAGCCAGGAUAUUCACCAAACCUUAAAAGUUUCAGCUUUGCUUUUAUUAAACAAGGGAAACUUGUGGCCCUUGUUGGAAAAUGCAGGGCAAGGAUGAUGCUCAAAAGGUGCGGCCAAGGUUGCAAGUGCUUGUAUCUCCAGGAGGAAGCGCCUGUUUUCAGCAAGCACUCUUGCCCUGUGCCUAGCUUGGGGAAAAUACAGGAUCACGAAAUCUAUAUGAGCAAUUUUUCUGAGAUACUGUGUGGCUCCCUGCAGCCUAAAAAGGAGAAGGAGGCUGGGUCUGGACUCUGAAAGCCUCAAAUGUAUGAAGAGAGGUGGCAGAAAUCCCUAGAAUGACUAGAAAUCGCCAAUAGGAAUAGCUAGACCAUGGAAUGAGGUGGGAAGGAGCCAGCCACCAUGUUGAUAUGAGAGACAAGAUGAAAGGGGUGAAACUCAUACCGACAAAAUAAUGGCCUUGUCUAUUUAGGCAAAAAUACACAACAGUAGUGAGUGAUGUUGGACUGGUCUGCAGGAUAUUUUGAGUAGAGGCAUCAACCAAUUUGCAUGGCUGGGUUAACCCUUCUGAUGCCAGGGCACUGCCCUGUAGCUCUUUGUGCCUCCUUCUCAGGAUGCCUCUUGCCACAUCACUGUCCCACCCACAUGCACCUCCUGUGGGUCCCUUCCUUUUGCUGCCACAUUUUGAACAUGCCAUGUGGCUUUUUCUAUUGUGCCUCCAAAAGCCACAGCUCCAUAUCUUGUGGCCUCAUCGCUUGGGUCCAGGCAUGUGGUUGCCUGCCCCUCCACAGUCCAGCAGCCACUGAUGCCACACUUUAGUGCCACGUGGUGAUAGUUCCCUCUCCCCUCCCCCACUGUGUGGCUAAUGACGUGCUGCCGGCAUUGCACCUUUAUGCGGCCAUCUUUUAUUCUUACUCUUCUCAAAAGUAAAGGGCUCUUGUCUUGUCGGACUGGUCGCACCGGCCCUUCUCAUCCACAGGCCCCAGUGAGGGAGCAAAAUGAAACAAACUUUAGAAUGUCUUCCAUAAAUGAUGCUAUUGAGAGACAGGAAAGCACUGAUCUCUUCAACUUUAGGCGAGGAGUCAUGCUGCGUUUCUCAGCUUCUUGCAUGAGCAGCCCAGCUCUGUGAAAGAGAGUUAAACUUUGGAAGGGGUGGAAUUAUGGGGAGGUGGUUUGGGGACAAGGUUCUUGGGUUUGCUAAGAAUGGGAAAAGGAUGAGGAAUCUGAGGAAGGAUCAAACUUCUCAGUUCCUUGGGAAAGAGAGCUGGUAAUGAAAUGUGGAGCAGGUGGUUUGGUAGGAAAAUGAAUGCUGGUUGAUAUGGGGGAAUAGAUGUCUAGUGAAUAAGAAUUCUAACGAUGGGGAGAAGCUAGAAAAAGGCAUCUUACUCUGGAGUAUUUGAAUGGGCUAAACUUGGGAUCAGAGGACUCCUGUUUCAGAAGGAUGAAGUAGCCAGUCUUGUCUCCUUGGGGAAAUGAGGAAUUUUCUGCAUUGCCUAAAAAGGGCAGAAAGAAUUACAGGCCCAGCUUAUUUGUGACUUCUGUAGGGGCAUCUUUGGCUAAAGUCUAAGAAUGUUCACCACAGUUUCCAGGGGUUUUUUUCCUCUAGAAUCACUGGAACUUCAUAAAAGAUGCCUCUCAUCUCCCAUAUUAUGUUCUUAUGGCGGUAGAAGCUUAAAACAUGAAGUAUUCCUGAAAAUGGGGAGAUGGGGUUCUUUUAGGGGCACAGAUCAAGCUUCCCCAGAUUUUGAAAAGUCUGGCUAUUUCAUUAAGACAAAAUACUAGUCAAGAUUCCAGUCCUCUUAUGAAUACCAAGUGAGGCUUCACACCUUUGAAAAACUUGGUUGAGGAACUGCCUAGAAAUCUUUUAUUUCCUCCAAAUGUUAAUUGGAUUUGGCUGUGGGGGGCGUGGGGGCAGCAGGACUUCUGGUUCUCUGAGAUGGAGUGGAGAAGGGGCUGUUGGACUGAUCCUAGAAGCAUUGAGAACUACAGCAUUGAGUCCUUUUGCCUUAAUGUAUUGAAAUGAAGUAUGUGAUGUUGACUUUGUGAUUCAGGGAUCCAUUCCCUGGGAUGAUUAUUGGGAAUGGGGGAGGGGGUGGGAAUGGUGGUAAUGCCUGCAUUUGACAGGGUUGUGUUUUGAAUUUUAUUGUGGUUGCUGGGUGGAGACAGAGGCUGUGGAGAAGAGAGUCGGUACGUUCCCCUCCAUCUCUUUUAAUCUUCUCCUGUAAAUCUCCAAGGUGAUCAUUCUGUCCUCCCCACAAACCAACACCUGGCCCUGUAGCAUCCAGGUGUAAUGUAUAAUAGAUUCCACCAACAUACAAUCCAUCCCUACACACAUGCAAAUAUAUAUAUAUACAUAACACAUCUUCAUUUUUUGUUAUUGCUGGAGAGAGGCCACAUAAUCCAGAGUCAAUGAUUCAGCUUCAGCCUACAAGAAUGUUGGUAAGAACCAGUUCUGUCUCCCGAGUGCAGAGGGGUGGUUUCCAAUUCUACUAGAAUUCCACUGCAUGUUUGAGAUUCCUGCUGGGCUCUACUUUGCAAGGUUCAGCCGAGUUCCCAAGUCUGGAGGCUAUAGAAGUGGUUGUGAGGGGGGGCACCCAUGGCCAUCACCUAUUCUAAAGGUUCCUUAUCUCCAUUGAACCUGUUUACCUCUCUUUCAAUGUUGGGAGGAUAAACUCCUGUCCUGCUAGAUGCUUCUCUUGGCUCCUCCAUCACAGUCGUAUUAGAUUCAUACCCCCUAGAAUCUAGCGUGGGUUGACAUUUGAUGUUUGUUUUGACUUAAUUCCACCUAUCCUGGGAAAACUGGCAUUUUGUGUCAUCUUCAUUCUAUCUCCAGAUGUCUUUUGAACCCAGGAUUCCUAGACUUUCUUCCUCUUUGGUACCUUCCUCCCCCAAAGGAACUGUACCUCAUGUGGGCAGAAUCUUUUGAAAUGAAUGUAUUUAAUCCUGUGUUGCCUAAGAUUACCUUAUGGCAUUCAGGCAGAUCUGCCUCACAUGUUCUCUCUCUGUCUCUGUCUAACUCACUCUCUCUGUCUCUUUCGCUCUCUCUCUCUCUCUCUCACACGCACACACACACACACACACACACACACACACACACUUCCUUUACACCUUCCUCUACCAAAUCCGUUAUCCUGGGCUGGAGGUCUUGACUCUGCCUUCAAUGCCUGUGCAGAGCAACUAAUGUAAUUUACUGAUUUUAUUUGCAAAUAUAAACUUUAUGGGAUACA